GUCGAACAAGUGGAUAAGAUGGAAGAUGAUGUGUUCCUGCGUUGCAUCGAGUCUAAUAUGCUCUCAGAUCUUACUUUGCAAGGUAUUGGAUCCAUUUCCAAAGUUUAUAUGCAUAAGCCUACAACGGACGACAAAAAGCGUGUUGUGAUCACACCGGAGGGCGGUUUCAAAGCAAUUUCCGAAUGGCUUCUUGAAACCGACGGAACUGCACUUCUAAGGGUCUUGUCGGAGCAACACAUUGAUCCUGUACGUACUACAUCAAACGAUAUAUGCGAAAUCUUUGAGUUACGAGAUCUUAUUGAAUCUUAUAAACAGGUGCUGGGAAUCGAAGCUGUGCGUAAGGCAAUUGAGCGUGAGAUGAAUAAUGUCAUUUCUUUUGACGGCUCUUAUGUCAACUAUCGGCAUCUUGCUCUUCUUUGUGAUGUGAUGACGGCUAAAGGUCACCUUAUGGCUAUCACUCGUCACGGAAUAAAUAGGCAGGAGGUCGGAGCUCUUAUGCGUUGUUCGUUUGAAGAGACCGUUGAUAUUCUCAUGGAGGCUGCUGUACACGCUGAAGUGGAUCCUGUGUUUCCGAGAACAUCAUGCUUGGGCAACUUGCAAAAGCAGGAACCGGUGCGUUUGACCUUGUCCUGGAUGCAGAGAAAUGCAAGUACGGCAUCGAGGUAA